UCUCUCGUGCCGGUUUCCAGUCAGCCGCGCGCGGAUUGAGUCAAGUGAAGCUACCGAGAGGUGGUGUUGACCGACCGCAGCAGGUUUUCAGUGAGAAACCUGAAUACAUCUGACUUCUCGAGGCAACUGACAGCAACGCGGAGACCUUGUUUUUUAACGGAAGGCUCAGCGGUGCCGGAGUUAAGGCGACGCGACCGAGAGAAGAAGAAGAAGAAAGUAAAUCCCGAAGUGAGCUUGAGGAUCAAAGCUAAUGCUAACUCGGCUAGGCAAUUGCUAAAUAAUUAUACGGAAACUCGUGUCGUUAUUUUUUUUCUUUUCUAGUCGCUUGUUUUGACAUAACCGCCGUGGUUACAGAGUAGAUAGUUGUUGUAGGGGGGGGGGAGAGAACUGUUAAGUUAUAUGUUGCAUUUAAUUAAAACAGCGAGGUCUUUAGCUUUUACAUUUUAGGCCACAAGCGACUGGUGUUCACUUAGCAAGAUUAGCUACAAUAGCCGGUGUUAUUGAGGUUACACCGGCUCUGCGCUCUUCAAGACAGCUGAUAUUGAUAAACAUAGUUCGCUUUCGAAGCAACGAGAGGCAUCGGUGUUUUGUAAGUUAGCUUUACACUUGGUACUGUCUGAGCCUUGUGCUUCGCAAUGCUGAAACAACAGCAGCAACCCGGCUCAGGCGGGAGAAAGGCGUCCAACGGAACCUCGGGCCCCGGUGGGAUGUCUUCCCCAGUCAGCGGCAUCAACAGCGGCAACAGGACACCGGCCGGCAGGAAUCGGACAACUGCAAAGCCAACAUUCCAGUCAUCUCCGGUGUUUGAGGGUGUGUACAACAAUGCCAGAAUGCUUCAUUUUCUCACAGCUGUUGUGGGUUCAACCUGUGACAUAAGAGUGAAGAACGGCAGUGUAUUUGAAGGCAUAUUCAAGACUCUCAGUUCUCGGUGUGAGUUGGCUGUGGACGCCGUACACAAACGCAGUGAGGAGGAGGGCUCAACAUCAGCUCUGCCACGGAGGGAGGAAAUCACAGACACAAUGAUCUUCAGCCCCUCAGACCUGGUGACUAUGAUCUGCAGAGAUGUUGACCUCAACUAUGCUACCAGAGACACCUUCACAGACACCGCUAUCAGCUCCACCCGCGUCAAUGGAGAACACAAGGAGAAGGUUUUGCAGAGAUGGGAGGGAGGAGACAGCAAUGGAGAGAGUUACGAUCUGGAAAAUGAUGCAUCCAAUGGCUGGGAUGCUAAUGAGAUGUUCCGUUACAAUGAAGUGAAAUAUGGAGUUACGUCAACAUAUGAUUCCAGCCUUUCCAUGUAUACUGUGCCCCUGGAGAAAGGCAACUCUGAGGUCUUCCGGCAGAGGGAGGCACGUGCCGCCCGUCUGGCCAGUGAGAUUGAGUCCAGCCCCCAGUAUCGGCAUCGUGUCGGCCUGGAAAAUGAUGAAGGCAAAAGUGAGGAGGACAAGUACAGCGCUGUGGUCAGGGAUGGCGGCGAUCGCGAGAGGGGCCGUGAGAGCCCCCGUGACAGAGAGCGCGAAAGGGGCCGAGACAGCCCUGGAGCCAGUAACAGGGAGGGCAAGUACAUUCCAUUACCUCAACGGCAGAGAGAGAUGAACCGGGAGCGGGAGCGAGCUGAGAGAGGUCCUGGCGGGCCUCCACCCCACAACCGUCUAAGCGGAGGUUAUCGCUCUACUGCUCCAUCCUCCUCUUCUCCCAGACCCCCACUGCCCUCUGCUGCUGGGCCUCAGCCCGGUGUCUCCCCGUCAGACAGAAACAGCCCUCUCUCAGGCCGAGGCGGGGCCUAUGCUCCCCACCACCCCCAGGGAAGCCCAAGCCCAGGCCCGGGCUCUGGCCCUGCGAGCCCGUACACUCCUGCCUCUCCAGGAGGACCAGCAGGCACGCCAGGCUCUGCUUCUGCUGCCCCAUCCCCAGCCAGCCCCCCUGCCUCACACGGACACACAGUCCCUCAUUCCCACUCACUCCCACACUCGCUUUCUGAAGCUGGCAGGCCUGUUAAUGGAGUCUCUGCCAGAACAUCUCCCAAAGCCCAAAGACCUCCACAGUCAAGCAGAACAGUCCGUGCUGCGAACUCACACUCUCAGUCCACAGCUACUCGCUCUCCUAAAUCAGGCUCUUCCCAGGACCCGCCUUAUUUGGACACAUCGUCCGUCUCCCUGCCUGCCCAGAAGACGUCUGGCCCCGCCCCCCUCUUCCCCGUUGAUGUGAAUGAGAUCCUUGGCGCAGCUGCGAAAGAGCGCUCAGCUGAGAGCCCCAGCAGCACAGAGGAAAACAAGAGUAGCAAAGCUCCCUCAGUUCAGCAAAGGUCGCAGAUUGAGGAGCUGCGGAAAUUCGGCAAGGAAUUCAGGCUCCAGGCCAGUGGAGGCAGCUCAAGCUCUCCCAGCUCUCCAGCAGCAGCAACCCCUCCUGCUGUCAGUGAGAGCGCCCAAUCCAGCGCAGCCAAACCCUCAACAUCAGAUGCUCACCCUGCUUCAGAGGCCAAACCUCAGCCUCCAGCUCCCACUCCUGCCCAGCCCCAACUUCAGUCUUCACCAGCCCCUGCUGAGGACCCCACCAAGGACACCACGGCUACACCUGGUGCUGCAACAGCUGCCGCCACAGUGCCCGACAGGCAUUCACCAGCUGUCCCGCAGCCAGCCAGGACCCCGGGAAGUGAGGAGUCAACGGAGCGGCCAGAGGGCGUGCCAGACCAAGUAAAGAAAUCAACCUUAAACCCCAACGCUAAAGAGUUCAACCCUAUCAAACCUCAAAUGCCUAUGGCGAAGCCCAACACUGCGCCCACCCCACCCAGGCCAACUCCGCCAAGCCCAGUGGUCCUUCAGCACCCAGGCGGACAGGGACCACUCUACAACACCCCCUACCUCUCCUAUGUAUCACAGAUCCACUCUGUGCAGCCCCCACAAAUGUACCAGUACACCAUGUCUACAGUCAGCCAGGGAAAAUACCCCAGGACCAAAGGCUCAGUGGUGGCUCAGCGCUCUGACCAUGGUACUUCAGCACCCCCCAUGAUGCAAGCUGCAGCGUCAGCAGCCGGGGCCCCAUUGGUAGCGUCCCCCUACCCUCAGUCCUACCUUCAGUACAACCCACAGCAGUAUGGGCAGCAGCAGGUCAUCCAGGCCAUGACACCGUACCCUGGACAGCCGAUGUACUCCAUGCUGCAAGGUGGAGCCAGGAUGAUAGGUCAAGGCGGGGGUCCCCACCCGCAAGCCCUGGGACCUCCCGCAGGCCCCCAGUUCCCUUCACAGGGAGACGGACCUCAGGGACCACAGCAGGGCAUCUACGCUGCACAGUCCUUCUCCCACCAUUCAGGUGCAGUUCAUCAGCCGCAGCCCUCCAGUACUCCGACAGGCAACCAGCCACCUCCCCAGCACGCUGCUCCUAGCCCUGGACAGAACACCCAGUCAGGCCCACAGCCCCAAUCCUUGUACCACUCAGGUCCCCUGUCAGCACCCACCCCACCCAACAUGCCGCCGGGCCACACGUCUCCACAGGGCUCUUACCCCAUUCAGGGCUACAUCCACGGCCACCAGGGAAUCCCACAAUCAUAUCCCCUGGGACAGAUAGCACAGGCCCACGUACAGGGAGCCAUGUCAGGUCCCCACCACUCUGGAGGCCACGGUCAGCCCCAGUUAGUGAUGUUGCAGCCACCUCCUCAGCAGGGCCCCGGCUCAGUGCCCCAGCACCCCCAGCACGGACCUCAGCAAGGAGCACACCAACACUUUUACAUAGGCCAUCCACAAGGAAUGAGCCCCAACAUCCCCACUGCCUGCUGGAUGUGAGGCCCAGACCGAGCGCGACUUA